AUGGAAAUCCCAUCUAUAGCUGAAGAGGUGGUGCCUACUGGAGAUGUUUAUACUCCAAAAACAGAUCACACAACUGCUCUAGAUGAUGGUUGGAGAGUGGUUUCAAGGAGGAAAAGGGAGGCUAAAACUCAAAAUAUCUUUCUUGGCCUGGCCCAAGUUCAUGCAGUUGUUGCAGAUAUUUCAGAGGAAGAGGGUGAAGGAGAGGGAGAGGAUGAGGAGGGUCUAAAUGACCCUUCAAAGGUGGGGGAGGUGAAAAGGUUUGCUGUUGACAACAAGAUUGUAGUAUUUGCUUUGCUGGAAACAAGAGUGAAGAAUAAUAAUCAUCUAAAGAUUCAGAGGAAGUUUGGCCAAACUUGGAGAUGGGAAAUGAACUAUUCUGCUUCUCCAAGGGGAAGGAUAUGGGUGGGAUGGAAACACCAGGUGGUGACAGUUCACUUAACAAAAUGCACUGAGCAACUGAUACAUGUUGAUGUUUUAGCCAAAUCUGGGAAUUUUCAAACUGCAUUUACUGCAGUGUAUGGUUUGCACUCAGUAGAAACUAGGAGACCUUUGUGGACUGAUUUGAUUCAGCUGAGUACAGUUAUUGUUGGUCCUUGGCUAAUAAUGGGAGAUUUCAAUGCAGUACUUUACUCAGGGGAUAGAAUCCUGUCCAUGAUGCUGAAACCAGAGAUUUUGAGGGUGGUUGAUUUUAUGAACCCUGGGUUGUCAGAUCACUCACCAUUGUUGUUGAAUUGCAGAGUGGAGUGGGCAGCUGGAGGAAGGCCUUUCAAAAUUUUCAACUAUAUGGCCACUCAUGUGGAUUUUCUGAAAAUUGUCCAAGAUGGUUGGGCUCAGAGAUGCACUGGAUCACUCAUGUUUUCUUUGUGGCAGAAAUUGAAAGUGGUCAAAGGUGGAUUGAAGACCCUACACCAGAAGGAGUUUGCUAGACUAGAUGAAAAAAUUGAUUUGCUCAGGCAAGAACUUGAUGAGGUGCAAAGUGAAUUGGCCAAUGAUAGCACAGACACUGAAUUACAGCACAAAGAAUCGGCUUCUCCUCAUCUCACUGGUAUUGAUAUUGAGCUUGUUAGAGAGGUCAAGCAACUUUCUCCUCUAGCUGCAGAAAAUUUGAUUCAGCCUGUUACCAACAAAGGCAUUGAUGAAGCUCUUAAAGGCAUUGAUGUGAACAAAGCCCCAGGCAUUGAUGGUCUAAAUGGUCUUUUUUUCAGGAAAGCUUGGGAUAUAGUGAAGGAGGAAGUGUAUGCAGCUGUUAAAAAUUUCUUUCAGACAGGGCAUAUGCUGAGAAUGCAACCAGUCAUUGGAGAAAUAGUGGGUUCAGCACAAUCUGGGUUUAUUCCAGGGAGAGUCAUUUCCGAUAACAUCCUAAUGGCUACUGAGUUGAGUAUGUUGCAAGACCUGGGCUUUCCUGAUAAGUUUGUAAAGUGGAUUAUGGCUUGCCUAUGCUCAGUGUCUUAUUCUAUUCUGGUGAAUGGGUUUCCUUCCAAGCCAAUUCCUGCUCAGAAGGGGUUGAGACAGGGUGAUCCAAUGUCACCAUUCCUGUUUGCAAUAGGAAUGGAAUACCUGUCUAGAUGCUUGUCCUCCCUCAACAAUUCAAAAGGAUUCAGAUUUCACCCAAGAUGUAAAAGAAUAGAGCUGACUCACUUGAUGUUUGCAGAUGACUUACUAAUGUUUGCUAGGGGAGAUGAUGCUUCUGUUUCUCUCCUUUUUGAGGCUUUCUCUAAAUUUUCUGCUGCUUCCGGUUUGGAAGCUAAUAUGAUGAAGAGUGAACUGUAUUUGGCUGGUGUGCCUGAUUCUGUAGCUCAAAGUAUCCUAGCUAAGAUUGGCAUCCCUAGAGGUUCUUUCCCCUUUAAGUACCUUGGUGUCCCCCUCUCAACUAGGAAAUUGAGCUUUACAGACUGUAAGCCUCUGAUUGAGAAGACUGUAGCAAGGGUCAGAAGUUGGUCUGCAAAACUACUCAGUUAUGCUGGAAGGUUGCAACUGGUUAGAUCAGUUUUAUUUGGCAUCCAGUUGUACUGGUGUCAGAUAUUCAUUAUGCCUAAGAAGGUUUUGAAAGAGAUUCAAAGAAUUUGUAGGUGUUUCUUAUGGACUGGAGCUGAAGGGAACUCAAGGAAAGCACUAGUUGCUUGGGAUCAGUUGUGCUUGCCUAAAGUUUGUGGGGGUUGGAACCUUAAAGACUUACCUCUGUGGAACAAGUCAGCUGUUGCAAAACACUGCUGGGCUUUGUCCUUGAAAGAUGAUAAGUUGUGGGUGAAAUGGAUCCACACAUACUAUGUGAAGCAUAAUGAUUUCUGGACCAUGCCAAUUCCCAAUGGCCUUUCUUGGUCAUUAAAGAAGAUUUGGCAACAAAGGGAGACUCUGAGUAGUUCUGAUGAUAUGCAGAAGUUUGUAAUUUCAGGGAAAUUUAAUAUUCAGAGGCUGUAUAAUCAUUUGAGGCAACAAGGGGAAUCUGUGAGAUGGAAGAGAAUUGUUUGUAACAGCCAUGCUAGCCCUAAAAGUGCGUUUAUUGUGUGGUUGGCCCUGCAGGAUAGACUUGCAACUAAAGAUAGGCUGAGACGAUGGAAUAUUAUUGCAGAUAGUGUUUGUAGCCUAUGUCACAACACUGAUGAAAGUAGAGAUCACCUUUUCUUUGAGUGUAGUUAUUCUGCUGACAUAUGGAGCCAGGUUCUGCAGAGAAGUGGAAUACAUAGAGCUUCUGUAACUUGGAAUGAAGAGGUGCAUUAUUCUGCUGACAUAUGGAGCCAGGUUCUGCAGAGAAGUGGAAUACAUAGAGCUUCUGUAACUUGGAAUGAAGAGGUGCAGUGGGUUCAGAAAGCAAGCAGGAGUACUACAAGCAAAGCUAGAUUGUGUAAUAGUCUGUUCUGUGAAACUGUGUACUCUAUCUACUUAGCUAGGAAUUCUAAAAUUUUCUCUAACCAGUUUGAAAGUAGCUUAUGUAUUGUAAACAGAAUUUUGUUUAGGGUAGCUUGUAAUAGCUAG